UUUAGCACAACAGAAUAUGUUAAACUAAACCUGUCCACCAGCAAAGAAGAAGAGCAUUAUUGAGCUGUUCAAGAUGGCUGCGUACAUGUCAGCGGGCCGUUCAGAAAAUGCUUUUCGUACACAUGAUUUUGUACCAGAAAGGGCACAAGAAGAAGUUAGCACUGGGACAACCAUAAUGGCAGUGGAGUUUGAUGGAGGUGUUGUGAUUGGUGCUGACUCCCGAACAACAACAGGCGCUUACAUUGCCAAUCGAGUUACUGACAAGUUGACUCCCAUUCACGACCACAUCUUCUGCUGCCGCUCUGGGUCUGCAGCUGACACACAGGCUGUUGCUGAUGCAGUCACCUACCAGCUGGGCUUUCACAGUAUUGAGCUGGAUGAGCCUCCACUUGUGCAAACGGCAGCCAACCUCUUCCAGCAGAUGUGCUUCAGAUACAGAGAGGAGCUGAUGGCUGGCAUCAUUGUGGCUGGCUGGGACAAAAGAAGUGGUGGACAGGUGUACACAGUCCCAAUGGGAGGGAUGAUAGUGAGGCAACCAGUGUCAGUAGGGGGUUCUGGUAGCUCCUACAUCUAUGGCUUCAUGGAUUCUAACUACAAGCCUGGAAUGACCAAGGAAGAGUGCCUUCACUUCUGUACCCAGGCCCUGGCACUUGCCAUGGAGCGGGAUGGUUCUAGUGGAGGAGUGGCCCGUCUGGCAGCCAUCACAGAGGAGGGCCUGGAGAGACGGGUUGUUUUGGGACACCAGCUGCCCAAAUUGUCCAACACCUAGACAAGGAGCAGAGGGAAGUUGCUGUGCAGACGACGACCCCCCUUCAAGUCCAUUCACAUAAGCUUUAAACCUAGUCUGGUGUCGUUUUUAUAAAGUCAAAUCUGGUUGUAAUAAAAAAAAAAUACUGAAACGUGAAUA